CAGCGAGUUGCUGUCACUUGGCUCUUCUCUUGAGUGCUGUAUAGGUGUGCUGUCUUGAGUUGUCAGAACCGCUUCAAAAACAACAUACGAUGGAUGACGAAGUUGCUGCUCUCGUUGUUGACAACGGAUCGGGAAUGUGCAAGGCCGGCUUUGCCGGUGAUGAUGCUCCACGUGCCGUCUUCCCGUCCAUCGUAGGUCGACCUCGUCAUCAAGGUGUCAUGGUCGGUAUGGGUCAGAAAGAUUCCUACGUCGGAGACGAGGCCCAGAGCAAGCGCGGUAUCCUGACGCUCAAGUACCCCAUCGAGCACGGGAUCGUCACCAACUGGGACGACAUGGAGAAGAUCUGGCAUCAUACUUUCUACAACGAGCUGCGUGUUGCUCCAGAAGAGCAUCCCGUAUUGCUCACAGAAGCUCCACUCAACCCAAAAGCUAACAGAGAAAAGAUGACCCAAAUCAUGUUCGAGACUUUCAACACACCAGCCAUGUACGUCGCCAUCCAGGCCGUGCUGUCGCUGUACGCAUCUGGUCGUACGACCGGUAUCGUGUUCGACACAGGUGAUGGUGUCAGCCACACCGUUCCCAUCUACGAGGGAUACGCUCUACCACACGCCAUCCUCCGUCUCGAUCUGGCCGGUCGCGAUCUCACCGACUACCUGAUGAAGCUGCUCACAGAACGUGGCUACUCGUUCACCACCACGGCAGAACGCGAGAUCGUGCGCGACAUCAAAGAAAAGCUCUCCUACGUCGCUUUGGACUUUGAUCAAGAGAUGCAGACCGCGAGUGAGAGCAGCAGCGUCGAGAAGAGCUACGAACUCCCCGACGGUCAAGUCAUCACCGUCGGUAACGAGCGAUUCCGUGCUCCCGAGGCUCUCUUUCAACCAUCAUUCUUGGGCAUGGAGGCGGCCGGUAUCCACGAGACGACCUACAACUCCAUCAUGAAGUGUGACGUCGAUAUCCGUAAGGACCUGUACGCCAAUACCGUCCUGUCUGGAGGCACCAGCAUGUUCCCUGGCAUUGCCGACCGCAUGCAGAAGGAGAUCACGGCUCUGGCACCACCGACCAUGAAGAUCAAGAUCAUUGCUCCACCCGAGCGUAAAUACAGCGUCUGGAUCGGAGGCUCCAUUCUCGCUUCCCUCUCCACCUUCCAACAGAUGUGGAUCAGCAAGCAAGAAUACGAUGAGUCGGGCCCAUCUAUCGUGCACAGAAAAUGCUUCUAAAAACUAGGACUACUCUUUCAAUUACAAGUACAGUACUGUGGCUAGUGAGAGCCUAGGCUGGUGUUACUCUAUAAACAAAUAUAUAGUGUUUUAGGAAACAAGUAAAAUGGGUUGCAUUUUUCAUGAAGGUUUUAGUUUGUUUGGUAUAUAAAAAAAACAAUAAACCAAGAUCAUAAGACCGAGUGAAA